AUGGCUAACGCUAGCCCAUGUAUGUCUUCAGCAGGGCCAAUGGCCCAGGUCUUCUUCCCUCCUGGAGGGUCCUCACCUCCAGGCUCAGCUGUGAUGCAGCAGGGGACCCCUAUAUCCAUGCCCUCAACACCCUCUCAUACUGGUUUCUCUGUGAUGGACCUGACACCAGGGCAGGGUCCUCUGUUACCUUCACUGCCUCCUACUCCUGCAGGGAUUUCCUUCAUCAUCCAGAUUGGCCUGACCAGAGAAUCUGUCCUCAUGCCGCAGACUGCAGACCUGGCCUAUGUGAAGCAGAUCGCCUGCUCCAUCGUUGACACAAAGGUAAGAAAUGUGUGCAUGUGAGUACAUGUGCCAGGGAGGGUGGUAUAUCAGGUAGAACUGGGCGUUUGCUUCCUUCAGAAGACAGUUCAUGUGUAAUGCUUUCAUGGCAAACUUUCAAAUCUGUUUGUCUGGUGUCCUGCUUCUAUUAUACAGCAGCUUUCACUCUGUUUUUGUGUCCCAGUCUCACACAAAAACCUUUGUUUACACCCUCUUGUUCUCAUCGUAUAAUAAAGGGUUCAAAAAUGCAAGCAGACAAAGUGUUUAAUGUGUCUGCCUCUGAGAAACGUGGCAAAUGUCACAAUUUUUUCCUCCGCUCUAAUUACAGCAAUUAUCAUUUUCUCCCUCACACAGUGGGAAGAGAGCAGCGUCCAGUCAGGCUUUGUUAUGACACUUUGAGCACAGCAGAGCAGCAGAGGGAUGCUUGAUGGGCAGAGAGUUAGUGAAAGGACACACUUUAUCCCAGUGUUAGUGCCGGGGCCAACAGGUGCGCCGCAGUUUAAACAAGUUCAAACUCAAGAAAUAUGGAGACUGUCGCUUUGCAGAUGCCUAGCGAGAUCUGACUUUUAAAGAGUAUGUUUUGCAAAAGAGGUUUGACAGCAUUGAUGCGCCACCAGUAUGUGAAGAGUCAGAAAUUAACAGGCUUAUUAUUUUAUUUUUAAUUUUGUGAAAACUAUUUUGUCCCUUUUGACACACCGUUGUUAAGCGGCUGCAGUGUCUUCUUGCUUCUUAGUGCUGCAGUGAUGAAAAAUAACAAACACCACAGCAUUUCUAAACGGCACAUUUCACUUAAAAAGUCCAAAGCUCAGUCAAAACCACCUUAUAUUACGUUAGUGGGUGCAGAACACAUUGGAGCAGCAUUUAUUUGGAUAAUUUAACUAACAGUCAAGUAAAAAAAGUGUAUCUCAUUGCAUUACUUUUAUUCCCAAAUCAAGACACUGAUGAGAAUUGCUUUCCAUUGUUGAUACAGACUUCAAAUCAGUUUAACGUCUAAUUAAAAUGCCCUCUGUAAAUGUAUAAAUAAUGUCAGAAUGGUUCUGUUUGUCACUUGGCUCAGUGUCCUCAUUUUUUAAGAUCUAAACUCUCUUUCACUUCUCCUUACUGCAACAUGCGAGGCUUUGCAUAUCACACGUAAAGACAUCGUCUCAUCAGGCCUUUUUUAAAAUCUCUUAGCCGCCCCUCAAGAGAAGAAGCGUUUACACCCUGUGUGUCUUCCUCAUAGUUCUUCCUUCGGCAUUCACUUUAUUGAAACUUAUUUGUCUACCAAAUCUUAAAAAAUAACAUAAAAAAUGACAUUUAGCUUUUUAAAUUUUACCAAAGCAAUCACUUUAAAAAAAAAAAAAAAAAAAAGAAACAGGUAACACCUAUCAGAUGAGCGCCUUGAAACAAAUGCUCUUUGCAAAACUGAAAAGAGAAAAGUCAAAAACACACAUGCUGCAGGGUUGGGGAGGGGGAGAAGUAUUGACAUCCUCUUUGCAACAGGAAGCAAAGGGUGUUAUGGGAAAUAUGGUCUUGUUUUCUUUGAACAGCUUCACUGCUUCUUUUCACGUACUUUGCUAUAUGGCAACGAAUGGGCACAAUAAGCAUUUUGACCACACUUAGCAUUAGCAUCACCCCCACAGUUGUGAUAUAGUUUGAACGGGGCAUGUGUGUUUGAAUCUGCUGGUUAGCGCGGUGGGUGAUUAGAUUAGCAGAUUUCCACAGCCUGCUCAGAGCGGCUUUAUGAAAACUCCAACUAUCGCAAAUAUUCCAGAAAAUACUGGUUUUAGCUUACCCUCUCUGCUAAUCUGUUUUUGUGCAAAACAGCCUUUGUUUUCCCUCUUUAGCAUGUGUUUUUAGCAUUCAUUUCUCUGUUUCUGUUGUCAAGACUGGCUGGGAUGAAGAUAAACUGAUGCUUCAUCUUCAUCCAAGUAACGGCUAGUAGCUGCAGUGUGGCCUUACUUUGAUUUCAUUUUUUAUAUCCUUUUUUUUUUUUUUAAAUUGAUAAACUAUUAGAAUCACAUGAGACCAGAACGGAAAUUCAAAAGCAAAUUUAAGACAUGUGACAAGGAGGCACUGCCACAGGCGAUCUUUUUGUGUCUCACCAUGUGUUUUGGUUUUUAUUAAGACUGCUUUAAUACUUUUUUUCAGUGUUGGAUUACUUUUGGACAUGGUUCAACAAAAACGGAUUUCAGAAAAACUCACACAGCUAUGGCUUUGGCAUUGAUAACCACAACAGUUCUAAUCAAUAAUAAAUGCAUGCAUGAAUGACAGACGCGGUACUAUUUAAAGCAGCUCAGCCAAUGAAAUCUGCAAAAAUCAGAUCCCCCUUUAUACAUUUAAACUCUUGAAAAUUUGAGAAAUUUGUGCUCAUAUGUGAAGGGCUUGAUGGUCACCAUGAAAACAAAAACUCUCCGCCUGUUUCAUUGCUAAACAAUCGCAAAGAGUUUUGUCAGAUGUGCUGAACUUUUCCAGUAUUUUUGGAAGGAAUGUGGAUUUAUUUUAAAUGUACGCCGGGUACCAGUUUGUGGUUUCUGUCUAACAUCAUCUAUUUCAGAAAAGACUCCUUUGCCAGCAGAAAAAAAAAAGAUUCUUCCAUUUUUUUCUUUAACCUCUUUUUUUCCCAACAUCUUCAGCCCCGUUGUACCAGCACAAAAAAGUAGAGGCCUACUCUCCUCUCUGAUCGACACAAUGAACAAACUCAAAGAGGGAUAGAGGAUCCAAAAAAUUCAUUAGUCACCAAUAUUAGAAGAGUAAAGUGUGAGUCUAUACACACGGUAUGGCGCUUAAUCCAAUCCCAUCUUGAUGCUGGAUCUGUGUAAAUGUCAUAAAGAGUUUGGUCUAGACUGUUUUGGAUCUAGUGUGGAGGGUGUCCCCCGUUUGUUUCUGUGGAGGAGCCAAUUUGCAGCGGUUGCCAUGUUGGUGACGCUGACUCAAGCUGGUUUUCAUUCAACCUACUAGAGAGAGGCCUUUAGCCUCUAAAUGGCUAUAAUAUGCUUGACUAUCAAUCAAGUUUGAUGAUCUUGUAACCUUCAUAUCUUUGAAAGGAUGGAGUUACAAAGAAACUCACUCUUUGCACAGUGAGAUUUCUGAGCUGAACCAAAAUCGUCUGUAAACUGGGCUGUAAACGUGUUUAUUUUGCUCUAAAAACAGGUUUUGUAUGUGGUUUCUAAUGUUUCAAUCACACUUGGGAAACUACUGUGUUUCGAUUUAUUGGUUUAUUAAUUAAGACAUCAAUUUAAAAUAUAAAAUUUCCACUUUAAAAUGUAAAGAUGACUUACAUGCCACCAGCUCACAAAUGUCUUUGUCUUCACCAAGAGAGUCUUUGUGGCAGAUUUUACACACUUAAUUUAUCAUCAGGAUAGAUAAAGCUAUCUUUAGUCAUAUUUGCAUCUCUUUGGCUCUGCGAUUGCUGAUGGAUCUAUUUGUACGAUAACUGCGCCAUAAUUUAAAUCAUUAUUUCUACUUUGCAUGUUCACUAUCCUCCCUUUGAUUGCAGUUCCUCCUUUUCUUAAAACACAUGAAACACACGCAUCAGUCUGUUCCGCUGUUUUGUGUCCCCUGCUGUGUUUGAUCCCUUGUAAACCCCUGGAUAUUCUUUUCUACUUUCGCAAAACCAAGAAAGAGAAAAAGUUCAGAGGAAGUACUUCGAUUCCCAUUAAAAAUAACCCCCAUCCUUCCCCAAGCCUUGUCACACACACACACACACACACUCACACGCACAUGCAAACAUAAACCCACUCUCACACUCGCUUAGCAAUCCCCUAAAUCUCUCAAACACACUCCUGCUCUGCUCGGAACUGCAGCUUUAGGUGGGACAUUUGGACAAUAGGCAGCUUGUCCUGGUCCAGCCAACUGAGCGCGACACAUGAUUUAGACUGUGUGUGCACGCAUGAAUACCCAUGUUGGUGUGUUUAGAGCAUUUAGCGGGGUAGUGAAGGCGGUUCGGUACCCCGCACCCCCCUCCCCCCGUCAUCUCUCCCAUCCCAGAAAGGGUGAGUCACUGGCUCUGUUUAUUCACAGGCUCCCUCCUUCUGUUCCAUUGACACGUUUUUCCGUUCGCUCCACUGCGGAGAAGCACACUUUCCGCCAGAUUCGACUUCCAACACCAAACCAGGGUGAAGGCCUGUCCUGUAUCUCUUAUUUAGUCUCUUGAUGUUUCCCAGCUUCUCGGGCAAGAAAUCAAAAUCCACCUUUGGUCACAAAUGGUAAGAAGAACUUUCUCAGUCAAGCUCAAGUCCCAUGAAGCCUCCACCCUCCUCCUCCUCCCCGACUGUCUGCUUCUGAUGGAAAAUAUUGUGGCCUUGAAACUAGAGAUCUGUCUUUAUUCAACCAUGAUGCAGCUCUGGUGUAUUUGCUCUUUUGUGAGACAGGCCUCACUGACUCCUUUCAGUUCUCCUUUGUCACCUUACUUUCUUGUUUCAACCAUGCCCUCGAUUUAAAGCCAAAAAAAUAAGACUCCUUCCCUCUUCUUCCCUUUCCUUUUCUCACCUUUCCUCUGUUUCCUGGGUUAAACAGCCGCUGACGUCUGUUUCCUCUAUCCGUCUUUGGCAGAUCUACCUCCUACUCUUCCCCGUCUUGUGCCUUUCCCUACACCUCCUCUCUCAAUCCCGUACUUCCUCUCUUUAUCCACUAAUCUCCGGUCCCGCUCUGCCUGCCUUAUCAUCAACUUCCUCUUACGCUCUGGUCCUCUUCCUCCUCUUCAUCCACUUUCCCCCUCUUUCACGCCACUCUCCUCCACGCCUUAUCUUUGUUGUUUGCCUUCUUGAGCGCCCUUCAAGUGAGUGGAAAAAUAUGGGGAAUUCACUUUCUUGCCUCCAGGGGGUCAGUGCAAGUUUUUCUGAAUGACUGCUCUCAUGAUGAGUCAAAAAAUUGUGAAGUGGCAAGGAUGAGUCACGUUUUCAGGUGUGUAUCCGACAUAAACAACAGGUUAAGCCAGGCCUUGGGGCGCCAUAGAUUAGCACGGUUAGCCUUUUAUUUUCCAUGCCUACCUUCGCCUCGUUAGCCGAAAGGUGUGCCAGCUUAACGGUUUACUUUCAACACCUACAACCUUUUAUUUCGUCAUCAGUUGGAUGCGCUCGCUUUGCGCUGACGUCAGUGGGUGUGUUUAAUGCGUGAAUGAGCCAGCGUGUGUGUGUCAGAGUGUGAACACAAGAGAAAACCUGUUGUGUCCUGACGGCGUCGGCUGCGGUCACAUUUCUGGAUCAUUCAACAUGCUGCCAGACUAAUCUGUGAUGAGUAAUAUCACAUUUAACAACCAGUGAGCCGAGCUGAAUCCAGAGGCGGUGGGAUCCAUAUUCCCAGUUACUUGGUCCCAUUGGAGCAUUUAAAGGGGUCUUGAGAUCAAACAUCAUUUAUUUUUUUGAUCUUUUUACAAGAAACUUCACGACCGAUUUGUUUUGCGUUAACCAACAAUUGUUUUCGUCUUAUGAAGAAGCCUCUGCAGCAGAACACACUCACUAAACCAAGAAGGAUGAGGACAGAAGUUUUUUUUUAUUCUUUGCUUUGAUUAAAACACAAAGAAAUAUGAGUAACCACACACACAAACACACACAAACACACACAUAGACACAGCUGCAGCUGAGAGCCCCUGCCCUGGCCAUUGUUUCCACCUCCGUUUUGGAAGGAGCUGUUUCUUUAUCUACCUCCCUGGAGGAGCAGCUUGGCCCUGGGAAUGGGAUCAUACACACCACCUCCUGUUUACCUCACUCUCCUGCACAUGUGCUCUUACACACACACACACACACACACACACACACACAUGCACUGGGUCUUAAGCAACACAACAGUUGGCCCUGAUUUACCAGAUAAAGACCAAGUUUGAUGGACAAGGUCGCAUUGUUUGCCAAAGAAAUGACACAAGUCCACGGUCAGCACUGCUGUAGGUCAAGACUCAGGCUAAAUUUGAACCCUGAGCUCCACAAGCCUCCCCGCAUAUGAUCAGAUUUUAAAGACGGAUGUGUCCUGCUUUUUGGAUAUUUAAAAUGCACCAGAACUGGCAAAUACACUUUACUUAUGAGCCCAAACUUCCUGGGUCACAGUCAGGCCACGUUUCAGAGUUAAAGCCACUGUAAGGAGAUUUUAACUAGUUGAGAAAUAAACUGAAACUGAUACUAAUGCUUUAAUGAGAUCUUCAAAACACAUGAGCACAAAGGCUGAUAAUUUUAAAUGGCUGAAGGUAGGUGUCAGUCCAGACGAUUAAUUUCAUCCAGAACAAAAAGGCUGAUUUAUACUUUUUUGUCUGCAAUCUCUACUGAGAUAAGAGGCAUCAUUUCAUCCACAGGGAGCAACAAACUUGACACAAACCAAAAGUUCCUCACGGCAGCUUUAAAGAACAUACUCGACAACACAUUCGCUACCUUCGACAAAAAACGUUUUAAAUUAAUAUACAGUUAGCUAGGUCUAGCUGCCAGUUAAGGGCACUAGUUUGGCUUAGCAGUCAAACAAUCUUGUCUCACUUACCAUUAGGGGACAUAUCAGUGGCUAACAUUCCUGGCUAGCAAGAGAUUUAGUGUCUUUUCUAUAAUGUCUUGUGACACAUUCGGAUUGAUGUAUGAGCUUUGGCAGAAGGUAAGGUGACCUCACGUCCUCUUUUACUCAGAUAUGUCCUCUUUUUGGGGGGCUGUCCGGCUUUGUCCGGGGAAGUUUAUAAAACCCUUCAGAUGUCCACGGUGUUGUAUGCAAGUUUUGAUUUUGUGUCACGUGGACUUACUGAGUUAGAAGUGUGUACUAAUCCCUCGAUUUGACUUGAAAAACUCUCAAAAUUAACUUCGUGUGACUCUGUGACCCCGCCCCUGUGUAGUCGUGUCCUCUUUUUGGGAAGUCAGAAUAUGGUCACCCUAGCAGAAGGACUAAAGUUGAUUUUACUUGAGCUGCUGUUCAUUCAGAGAAAAAUCACAGUGUGUCAAACUCCCAGCGGUUGAACAAUUUGCAACUUGUUACAUAGAAAUACAUACAAUCUCAUGAUAACUGAGGCCACAGACAACUGAAUUUCCCUUCGGGGAUAAAAUAAAGUUAUUUUUAUUCUUAUUCUUACAAUAUUACAUUAAAUAAAGUUAUUAGUUUAAUUUGAGCUCAUUUUAGCAGCACGACUUCAGAAGACACAGCUGCAGGGGUGAAUAUUUUACAUAAGAGUGAAACUGGCAGCUUGAUGCAUAAACCUGUGAUGAGGUCUCUGCCUCAGAACUUCAGGUUCUUAAAUUACUUCUACUAGAACAUUACUUCUGUAGAGGAAAUGGUGUCUACCCACAACAACAUUUCACUUCUGCUUACCCAAACCCCCUCCCCUCUGUCCCUUUCUAACUGUGUUUUUGCCACAUUUGCAUGGUAGCAGAACAGCUUUGCAUGACUGACUGUGCCUGCUGUCCCCUGGCUGUUGCCGGCUGUGCUGCAGAGAAAGCUUAACAUACACACGAGGACAUUUGAUUAUUCAAAACACGCACGCACGCACACAAUCGCACACACGCACGCACAUAUACACAGCUGCACAGGGGCCCAGCAGCGGCGGCGAUGUGUAUCAGAGGAAGAGAGGUGGAAUGAUGGAGAUUAUAAUAGUUUGGCUUUUUUGGUUACAGCUGAGAUUGUGAUCUGAAAUUAAAAUUUGGGAGGCAUAAUCAGUUUACUAAAAGUUUAGUUUGUAAAAGAUUCGUAUUUUGUUGUGUUACCAACACACUUCCAAAGAGAUUAAGGAAGCAUCAACAUACAGGUUAUCAAACUGUUUUCAGGCUCUAUUUUGACUCAAAUCCAUAACAAUCACCAUUUUUAUGAGUGGCUUUAUAUUUCCUGCUCACCUUUUGAGUAAUUGUGUCUAUAUUUUGAGUGUAAGGACCCUUUAAUCAUUUCAUAACAACAUGUAUUUGGCGCACUUGUGUGCAGCAGAUAACAGACUGGAUAAAGUAGAGUAUGUGUAAGAGGGUGUGGUGAUAAACAAACACAUCUUAGCCAGUCACAUUAGUGGUUUCAUUGCUAUUAAAACAGCUGUGCAAAUGAUGGCGACUUAUGACAAUAAAAGCUCAACAAACAGACACUUUUUCAAACAUUGUUUUGUUGUCUGGAUGAGACAAACCGACCCUGUGAGAGCGAAACCUGCAGUCAGAGGUACUUUCCUUUUAUUUGUUUGGAUUGAGCUGUACAUAAACUCGAUGCACUGAGCUCGAUUGUUGAGUAAAGAUAGAUGGGUAAUUUCGAGUUCCCAGUAAAAACAACACUCCUUUCUCUACCAGUCGAAUACGUGCACGACUUUAUAUGAUUAUUCUUUAGUGGCCAAGAAGACCAGGUUAAUGAGAUCCAAUAAAACAGAGUCAGUCUUUAAGGCCAACCCAUAUUUUGUCAUUCAUGUGCUCCUAGGGCCCCUGCAUUCCUCUCUUGAUCUGAGUAAAGGAGACCUUAUGAUACUAAUCCAGAGAUUAGCACCGGGGAAAACGGUUUCAUGCUGUAAUCCAAUUGGGAGCAACAGAGCAGCACUGAACGGCAUUUGGUGGCCGUAAACAUGUGAAAAGUUUGUACCAGUCAGUCAGAGAGAAACAGUAACACAGCGCUCUUUGAGGGGAGAGAGAGCUCUGGAGAUCGAGGACUGAUAAACACACAUAUUUGGAUGUGACAGAAAGAGAAAAGAUGAUUUUGUGAAGUUUUAUUACCAUUGAAACAACUGGAAUAUGAGCAAAAUCUACAGAUUUUAAAUAAGAUGUUGAAAGAGUUAAAGUUCCACUCUGAUUGUUUUUUUUUUACUACUUAAAGUGUUAUCAAUGGUGUUUAAAUUAUGAUUAUUAAGUUUUUACCAAAAAUCACGUUCUUUCUGUCAUUUUCAAGGGCUUUUCAUUUGCAGAGCUCCAGUAGAUCAUUAGCAAUUUGCCUCUGAGUUGUGGGCGGAGACAGCGCUGCUCUGCACGCUCAUCUUCACAUUAGCUUGCAGCCUAACAUUGCCAGUGUAGUAGGAGUGGCAGGUAACAUAGCAGCUAUUCAGCUCUCGGACACUAAUGUCUUUAGGGACACGAUGAAAGCUAAUAUCAUAAUUAGCUUUCUUACGAGCAUUGCAAUCCGCGAACGCAGACGCUUGUUCCGCGAUCCUCCUCCCCUUUUCGCUGAGCCUGGCCUGCAUAGCGGGGCUCCAGGGGCGGAGCUUGGAUUGGUUACGUAGGAAAUCUCACUGUUUCUAAACCUGCCGUUUUGGUCUGCCAGAGAUUCACAGCGAUUUGAAUAAAGAAAUACUCAGAAAAGCAAUUUCGCAUUUAGUUUUCUCAUAUGUCCUGUAGCAUCAGAAAAAUGCCACAUGAACAUAUAAAAAACAAGAAAAACACGAUUUUCAUCGGAGUGGGUCUUUAAUUCUGUCAGAGUAACAGAAGGAGAUGUUUCAUCGUUGAAGUUGAAGUCAUUUGUUGUUUUAAUCUCAGGUGUGUGAAAUGUGCGUGUUCUUGAGGAGACAGUGCACAAUGGGCCGAGUGUGAGGGCCGACAUGGUGGGUUGGGUCAGUCUGUGUUAGAGUGACACAGACGUAUCCUGAGUUGUCUGUAGAUGUAUGUGUGUGCGGAGUGCACAUGCAGGGAAAUGGGCAAAAACCGCAGUCUUACCUCAGAAGACAAACACAUGACUUCAAUAUUAAAGUCUUGUCGGUGUUAGAAGCAAGUGGAAAACAAAUGUGUGUCUUUUUACCUGGGAUCCGGGGUAUUUGAAAUAGUAACAAAUGCUGUUUCUUCAACGUACCGACCCCCUUGAAACAGCAUUAAAAUGACAGAAUGAAAAUCAGCGCACAGCCUGAAGUGUUUACUCUCCCGCUUUCCUUCAAUUAAGGAUCUGCAGAUAAAGGAGAGAAGUGGAGGAGCGAUAAGAGGGAAAGAAAGAGCAGCAUGUGGAGAUGAGAGGGGGCAGAAAUAAAGGAAGAGGGGAUGACUCAGAGUGCAGUAAUGUGCCUAUUGUGGCCCUCAGCAUGCAGCUCUGAGUGUUUGUAUUUGUAGAGGAUGGAGCAAACACGCUCGAGUGUGUGGUACUUCAGUUACAUUUUUCAAUUAGCUGCAGAAAUGUUGUUUCUGAAACUCAUUUAUACACGAUGAAAGCUGUCAGUACAGGCCGCAGAAGCACCUGUGUUUACAUGAGUCAUUCACCAGCUUCCAUCUUUAUUAUUCAGUUGUUUAUUGUUGUUGAAGGCUCUAUUUACAAUACAGCAAAUUUCCUUAUUUCAGCGCAGAGGCAGAUGCUUCCCCAGUGAUUAAACCUUGCGCAGCUCGCCCCAAAUGCCUAAUUUCCUCACUGAACAAAAUAAGAAUUAAAAGUAGCUUUAUGCAGAGGAAAUCAAGACACAUCCAACAACUAAACAAGCAAGAAGAUCAGUCUUUCCCAUUCACAUGUCUCUGUGUACAUGCAGAAGCUACCUCAACAUGCUGCAAGUUAAAGUAUAUUAAAGUAAAGUUUCUUGAUUGAUAACAUUGUAAUCUAUGUUACUGUUACUGUUUUGCAGUGCAUGCUCAAAUACAAACAUAAAACUAUAAAAUCAGAUACUUUGGAGUGAUACUUUGUUGAAGUAUGUGAUCGAGGUUUGUUGCCUUAUUUUGAUGCAAAAAUCCAUUACUAUCCAUUCCUGCUACAGUAUAGGUGCUUUGACCUCAAGGAUUUAGGGAGCUCUGCAUGUAAUUGCAGUGUGCAGCGUUCAAGGUUCAACUGCACCCUAAAGGGUUUUGUUGCAUGGCAUUCCCAAUCUCUCCUGCUUUUAUUUCUUGUUGACUCCGUGUAAACAGCUCUUUUUCUGCAUCAUUUAAUCCAGAUUGAAUAAUAUUGUUUCCCCGAUAAGUUUAAAAAUACGCUUUGAUCCGACUGUGAUUUCAGCAAUAAAAAGGGAUGUGUUGAUUGUGAAACACAGAUAGCCUAUAAAGUCAUGGCAGUACCUACAUUCUUAUUCAAUUGCUCAUUUAUUUUUUCCAUCCACCUUUAUUUUCUUCUACACACAGACACACACAUGUGCACACACACACUUUCCCUCUCUCCUCCUGUAAAGGCCUGUUUUCAGUCCCUCCCUCUUGUCAUGAAUCAGUGAUUUGUUCGUUGCACAGAGUGGAUCGAAUCCAAGGUUCCUAUCAGCUUACUUGGUCAGAACCAAGCUAGAGGGGGAUGGAGGAGGAGGAGGAGGAGGAGGAGGAUGGAUACGAAUGGGGUGGGGACUCCGUACAAAGGCUUCCUCAGAGUAGCUGUGCGUGUCUCCUUUAUCCCCCGACCCCUCUCUCAUACCCGGUCACGGCUCUCAGGUUACCUCCUCUGUCCUCCUUCAUGCUUGGAGCAGAAUGAGAUGCUUUGUCCCCGCGCUCCUGCUUGAGACUAAGCCCCUUUCACACACACACAUACACUCACACACACACUUCAUCAGCCACUGUACAGGUGUCUUUACUUCUGUCUUUUUCAUGAACUUUUAGUGUAUCAAUCGAUUAUUUGCACAUUUCUGUCCUUCAAAGAGCACGCACUUCAUUUUCUUUGUUCGUAAACCUUUGACCUGAUCUUUUUAUGCGUGCUGGCCUCAAUAGUUCUGCAGGUGUUACGCAGGAAGCAUCUUUAAUGUGCUGAGUUAUUCUGAGUGUGCAUAUGUGUGUUUGUGCAUGUAAACCUCUUCUGUUAAGACUUCCUCAAAUCAUGCAUUUUCUCUACUCUGCAAUUACGGAGAACUGCUUUGAGAGCUGAUCCAUUCGUGCCUUCGUAUUUACAUUGUCAGUGUGUGCACUGUGUAUUUGCACACAGUCAGCCCUGGGUGUUUGUAUGUUCACGGGUCAUGUGGUUGAUUUCUCUCUCUUUUUUUUUUUGGCAUGAUGUGUGUAUGUAACGUAGGAGCAUGAUUCACACUCCCCCCUCCAGUCUCGCAGGUUUACUCAGUUAUCUCUGGUAUGUCGAAAACUAGCAGGUCAGGAAUGUAAACCUGAUUAUGCCUUUGCUUUCCAUGAUGACACUCAUACUCACAGACACACACAUACAUAAACCAUGAGUAAGGGAAAAACACAAUAACAAAGUAUUGAGUGGAGUAGUGGAGUCUAAGUGAAAAACAAAAGGAUUAACAACUUUGUACUCACUAACUUAUGCAAACUGUGAGACGUCACUCUGUGCUUUUGCAGCCUGUUGUCUUUUUUCAAGUGUAUCUUGAACUAUUUUCAGUCUGUUUUUUUAGAUUUUAAACUUUCCAUCUCUAAAAAUGCAACAUUGAAUAUACCGUCAAGCUGCUUGCAGUAGGGCUGGGCGAUAAACCGAAGAUUUACAGAUACAGAAAUUAACCGACGUCAUUUUGCCCAUAUCGGUAUGUUCGGUGUCUUGAUAAAUUAAUAAAUAAAUGAAUAGAUAAAAGUUGGCUUUGGAUGUGUGUAGGUAGGCUAUUGUCUCAUGUCCCUUUAAGACACUGUCCUAUGUCAGAGACGUGACUCCACCCCAUCCAGUCAGUAACAAAGAGGGAAAGACAGGUGAGGAGAUGGAGGACGGUUCAAAAGUUGUAGCGGCUGAAGUAGACAAAGUCUUUUAUCGAGGUGAACUGCUCAAUAUAAAGAGUGAUAAUGAUUUGAGACCACAUCGCCCAGCCCUAGCUUGCAGGGAUAUUUGAUCAUCAAACAAGUAGGCGAGUAGUAGGUCCGUGCAAAAAUAAUACAGCAUGUUUGUAUCAUUAGAGGCCCAUAAGACCUCCCUUUACUUAUACUUGCUCCCUGGGCCCGAAGCUGAGAGUGUGAUCUAUAACUUUCACAGUGGUCACAUUCUAGACAACUAAUAAACAUGCCCACAGCUUUGCACAAACAUACACAAAGGAGCUGCAUUUCAUUUGUAUGCAGCUGCUCUUUAUACUAACCGCUCUCUGUUCUCCAUCAGAGUUGAAAACAAUACUGACAACCUGGUCAAUUUCACCGGUUGGCUCGUUCAGAUGUUUUAGUCUAUAUUUUGCAGCUUAUUUGAAUGCACAACUAACAUUUGUGUGUCUGAAAGAAAAAGGGGAGUGCUACAAAAACUGUACAUAAGUUUUGUAGUAGCCAGGCGCUCUUUGAGGAUGAGGGAUGUAUGGUAAACUGUGAAUGGACCAUGUGACGCACAAGUGGGCACAGUCCAGUGUUGAGGCUGUGGUCUUCAUUGCAGUGCUUGCAGGUUCAAUCCUGGCCUUAAUCCUCUGCUGCAUGUCUUCCCCUCCUCUCUCCUCACCAUGUUUACUUUCUCUCUUCAGCUGUCCUUUAAAGAAGCAAAAACAGCGACCAAAAAGAGGCGACUGGAAGCUUCACAAACCAGAUUUCUCUUCAUUCAAACCUUCUACCUUCCAUCCCGCCUGUGUCUCCUGUCUUUCCUUUUUGGUGUUUAAACAGGAAGCUCAUUAGGAAGACAGGAGCUUUUGCAUUUGGCCUUUGAUGUGUCCUCACAAAGAUCACGAUCAAACUCAAUAGAUGUUCAUUAUUUCCACUGAUAAACUACUUCCUGCUGCAGAAGCUUUUAGCUCACUUUGAUCCUCUUUCCUCCACAGGUGGUUGUUUGUAUCAGUGUGAGGAGAGCUGACACUGAUAGGCUACAUCAAUCAAUUCGACAAAGGAUACCAUUAGGCUGCUGGAUGUAAAUAGUCUUUAUUGGAGAGAGUGAAUAUGUAAAAGAGAUCGUAAGAGCACGGCUCUACGUCACUCAGCUUUUCAGCUGUCGCUCCUUGUUUGCACACUUUCUGCGUGCAUUCAUCCUCAUUUUGUUUUCCUCCAUUGUGCCUGCCCAGCCCAGUGUUUAGCUGACGUCAUGGGGAUUGCUUAAUUCCUUGUCCUCCUGGCACAGAGCUGUCACUCACGGCUGUUUUUCAAAGUGUGACGUGAGUGCUCAUAAAAAAAAAAUCAGGUCAUGUUCACUUUUUCUCUCGCUAAAGUCAACAAACUCUGACUCUACAGGUGGUAAAGAGCAUGAGGAGGGCAGAGAUGGUUGUCAUUUUUUUAGCCGUCUGCUCCAUGUCCCUGCAGGGGUGUGACCUUGCUGUGGUUAAAAAUAGAACGCCAAGGGUUUGCGACAAGUUUGUUUGAUCCCCAACGCUGUCAGCGUAAAAGAAAAAAUUCCUGUGUUGCGCCAAGUUGUUGUCGGGAGCUAAUGAGAGCAGGUCAUUGACGUCUUUACAUGCCCGUAGCCAUAGCAACUCCUCAUUAGGAGCCUCAUCACUUUCAGAGAGGUGGGGUGGUACAAUAUGGGUCCCGUGCCUGACAUGCUAACAAGGAUGGAGGGUCCAACAAUCAGGGGUUAUGCUUUAAAGAGGAGGACACACACACACACACACACACACACACACACACACACACACACACACACACACACACACACACACACACACACACACACACACACACACACUCAGGCUGAAGUGUGGGUGGUUGUGUCCAUGCGCACUCAUUGCAUGCGGCUGAAUGAUUUGUUCAACGUGAAUGCUAAAACAAUGUCUGUUGUUUGAAGGGAUCCAGUGUGUUUCCCCCUGACUGUAAAAUUUCUUGCUUCUGUCGGACACACACACGCACACACACGCACACACACAUGCAUACAAAGGACCAUGUAAGGCUAUAAAGGUCAUGUUGUUUACAGAGCUGGCAGCUCGCAGUUUCACACAUCGCAUGUUUCAUAUUUUAUCCAAAGUUUGGAGUGAUGAAUCCCGCACGACCACGAAGUGCUUCUGCAGCGUACUUCACUAUGUAAACACGAAUCCAGCUCCUGUCGCCCUGUAACAUCUCAGCCUGCAGGGCCGUCUUUACUCUGUGAAAAACAAAGCAACAAGAGGAGUUGAAAGUGGUCUCUCUGACUUACACGCUCAUUGCCGUAUAAUUUAAUCAGUUCUUCCCAGAAUUUAGAGGUUGAACUUCACUCUUGGGACAUUUUUCAACGAUUUCUCCCAUUAUACUUGAAAUAUCAUCCACUGACCACACUGAGUUUAAAAAAAAAAUUGCACUUUCUUCAAACUUUAAUUUUCGAGUGCGUGUCUGCCUCUGUGUCUCUCACUCUCUUUGAGUGUGUUUGUAUUUUCUGCAACUGUGGUAACUAUAUUUUGUUGAACAUGCUCCCUGUCUUCCUCCUGAGACCCACAUGUGUCUGACUUUGUACCUGUUACCUCACAACUUUGAAGAGCUUUGAACCACAAACUAAAAGUUGCCGUUUCCUGCGUUGUCUAGGUGACAGAUAAAAUUAAUAGCUAUAUAAAUGCUACUACUAAUCAUUACCCCUAAAGAAAUAGCUGAUAUAAAGCAUAACUGGUGCUUCUUUUGCUUUUCAAAUUGGUUAUGCUGUGUGGGAAAGUCUGUUGUAUCAAACUUGCAAGGGCAGCUGAGCCCAGCACAGUCUAUAAGGAGUGGGAAAGUACCUGUUCUGUGCUCUCUCAGAGCUUUUAGAGUCUGUUUGUGAGGAAAAGUGUAGAAACCAGCGGGAGAAUACAAACAGCUAAUAGGCUAGUUGUUUGUCUUAUUCACAUCUCAACCAUCAUUCGCAAAAAAAGUAAAAUUUAAGCCUGUUUGCAUCCCUGUAAAACCAAGGAGAGUAAAAAUAGCACCACUUUGUAACAAUAAAUCUGUCUGACAGCCAUUGAACAAAACAAAGACUAAGUCUGCUCUGCUUUGUUGAUGAGUAACCACCAAAACAUGCAGCCUCUCUAUAAACUGCAGAGCUCGAGCUAGAUAGCACUUAAGCUGCUGCUGCUGCGUUAAUGUGAUUGUACAUGCCUGUGUGUGUGCAUGCAUGUGCAGUGGAAGGUGGCGCACGCUGCUCUGCCGGAGGGGAAGUGAUGGGGAGGAUGAAAAGCACAAGCAAGCAGCUUUCUCAGCAGGACAUAAAAGUCUUUUUGUGUGCCUCACAUGUGCAGCAUCUUUAUAUAAAGGGAGGCUAUUUUUAGAAACACCUUACUACAGCCGUCUGACAGCCCAUCAAAGUUAGAAUGAACGUGCAAGAAUGGACCUCAGCGCUCAGCUUUGGUCUUAGUAUCAAUGCUUAUAUGAGGUGAUACUCACCUGUUACUGAAGUGUUGCAACAUCUUAGCUGCUGCUUCUCUUUUUUGCACAUCUUUGCAGUUCCUGUGCAUGAUUUUUUUUUCUUUUUUUUUGCACAAAUCGAACCCUAACUCGUCGGUUUGUCUCAGGACUUAAAUCUAAACCUUUUACAAUGUGCAUAUAAUGACACAAAGCUAGGUGAAAGUAAAGGAAUCAAUCAGCUUCUACUUGUUGCACUCAAAGACUCAAGAUCGCAGUCAUUUGUAUAUGUGGUUGUGACCUGCAUUGUACGGCUGAGGUGGUCCACAAAAACUGAGAAAAUAAGAGCACAGUGAAGAGGAAAUGGAAGGCAGUGCUGUGGCAUCAAGUGAAUGCAUGUUUGUCUGUGUGAAUACAAUGUUUUAGUGCUCAGAUUUCACUCACAAAAGACCAGUUCCAUGACAUCACACCGUUAUGACGAGGACGAAGUUUUUGUGUGUGCAGUUUACACACAAACACGCCCUCACAAGGUGAAAUCCCUUGUUUAGUGUUUUAUGUGCGUGUGUAUUUUAAUAAUGAAAUAAUAUGAACUGUUUGGUGUUAUCUAUCCUUAUCGGUUUGCGUGUUGUAACCUUUGGCCAUGAGGUCUGGAGCUCAUUCAUGAUAAAUAAGAACGUCAGUCAUUUUCAAAACAUCUUUAUUUCUUAUUCAGCUGCGUUAAGUCAGAAGAAUGUCUACCAAAACCCAGGAUGAUGCCCCCCAAAUAUUACAUGUAAGACUUCUUUCUAUUUCUUCAACAAGUACUUCAUCUUUUGAGGAAGAGUAAGAGCCAGAGAAUGACAGAGUAUUAAAGUAUUAAAGUGAUCACUUAUGAGAGUAAAGUCAGAAUUAAGUCCUUAUCCUCUAACCUGUUGUUUAAGAUGACAGUUGUUAAAAUGAGAGCCAUGGAGCAUUUCGUGAAAGUGUACUUCAAUAUAGAUUUCUUAAACAAGGAGAUACUUAAUCUUUCGGCACAUCAUCACCACAUUAUCAUAAAUAUCAUAAUGAUUUUACUAUGACUUUAUUCUCAUAAGUAAUUACUUUAUAUUAUGACUUUAUUCUUUUAGGUAAUAUUUAAGUACAACUUUAUUCUCGUAAGUAAUUACUUUACCACGACUUUAUUUUCUUGUAAUGAUUUUACUACGACUACAUUCUCGUAAGUAAUUACUUUAUUACAACUUUAUUCUUGUUAUUAAUAACUUUAUUCUUGUAAAUUAACGUCUUUAAUCUUGAAGUCUAUUUUUUUUCUACUAAUGUGGCCAUAAUACUGUGUCGUACCAGAGAGAAGCAAAAAAAAGUGUUUUUGUGAUUUAAGUGGACAUUUUUAGAAAAAGUCAAAACUUAAUUUCAAGAACAAAAUAAAAACUCUUUCCGGAUGAAAACACUCCUUCACUUUCUCGUACAUGUGAUCAUAACACAUAGUAAACAUGUAGAAAUUUCACAUGUCCUCAGCUGACUUGCGCAGAUUAUGAUCCAACACUAUUAAGGUUUAAACUAGGUCAAGGCGCCAGCUCAGCCAAUAGUACACAGUUUUAUACCAAGAGUUCACAAACAGGCCAAAUAAAAGUUACUCUUCUCCAAUUUACCUUUUUGUCUUUAUGUUACAUCAAAUCUGAAAACUUUGUUCGUUUUUGUAAACUGAGCAGCUGACUGAGAUAAAGCAGCUUCUCCUCUGUUUGGUCGCAUUACCUGCAUGAUUCACAUCAGAUUCUUCUCUACUGUGUAUUUCAAAGUCUAAAGCCUCUGCCAAUAUGGUGUAAAUGUUAAGGGUUAAACUGCCUCCCAAACAGCCUUUUCUCCAAUAUUUUCACCAGCUAAAUCUAAGCAGAUUGAAUAUUCAAAGAAGCUUUUGCAUCAACUUUAAGAGGCCCAAAUAGAUUCUCUUAAAAAACAAGGACACCAGAGUUUAAAGUCUUCUACUUGAAGUAUCUGAAAUCCAAAUUACACAACCUUAUUGGUAAUUUAACCGUAUUAUACAGUAUAAUUGGUUGUCAUGCACAGUUUGUGAGUUGAUUAUAAGCUACAUCAAACCACUCUGUUUUAAAACUAAUAUGUACACUUCAUAUUUGAUUGUGACCCCGCCCUGCAAACAGCCUGAGUACACCACCUUGGACAGCAACGGAUCAGCAAAAGACAGAAAAAUGGACAAAAAGAGCUUUUUGAACGUGUCUCUCACUGCUCUGAGUAGAUCUCUUGUUUUCGUGUGCUCUGUUUUACAUCCAGUUUGCUCCGUUGGAAAAUCAAUUCUGCCUUCCUGGGACAAAACUGCUUCAAACUUUAGGAGAAAGUGGGUUUGUCAAGCCACUGUUGGCUGACCUUAACAUUACAUCAGUGUUUGAGCGAGGGAGUGGACCACAUUGAGGACAAUGUUAGAGUUCAGAAAAGAUGACAGAAAGUUUCUCUUUGUGCGUCCGUGUUUCCUUUACAGUUUUUCUUUUUAUUCCAGGUCUCUUAAAGCACGUGUAGCUCAAGAUUUAAGAUUAACAUCUGAUCGAAAACUGAAGAGUGAACAGAACAAAUGUAAAGAGAGUUGUGAUAGUGAGGAGUUUUCAGAAAAGGCCUAGUUCAUAAUUCAUUUUGCCCAUAAUGGCGUCAAUGGCUGGUAGAGCUGCAGGAAUAGUGCGGCCGACUCAAGGCAACCUGAUCCCUGGUAACCCAAAGAAACCGGCUGCAGACACAGCCCUGUCUCCAGGCAAACCACACUACACUACACUACAGUAUGUAUGAUAACACUGCCUGCUCUUUGUCUGCAGACUUUACACAAACACGCUCUCACAAACACAGUCUAUGGCGACAGUACUCCUCUACGAUAAAUAUACCACACGACACACACAAACAUAUAGCCGCGGUUUUGUAAUCAUACCAACUCAAAUUCAAUUUUUCACCAUGAUUACCCACAGACAGAAGUCAUAAUGUGGUUUUGUGCUUUUCCCACCCUGUACUUUUACCGUAAACUGGAACAACCAGAGAAGAAAAAUGGUCAUUUACUUUGAGGUUAAAGUGGUUUGGGGAUAUUUGUGUGUCUCAGCAGGGUUGUAAAGACCUGUGGUCUGCCCAGAUGUACAUUGUGUAUGUUUAGGACAGCAAACUAAGGAUAAUAUGACUUGUUAAGUGCUCAAGUUUCUCAGAAGAAGUGAGUGGUAACAGUAACAGUGUGGGGUUAAUAGAGGAGCAUCAAACAACGCCACUGGAGCUUAGUCUGAGGGUUGUCUGUGGAUUAAGGCAUGGCUGAGCAUGUCCUCUGAUCUGGGGUAUGUGGGUGUCUGUAAUUACAAGGAGCAGCAGUUGGUGUAACAUGUGGUAAUGCCAGGUACUGAUGCAUUUAGUCAUUUCAUGAUUCACUCCAGAAAGACAACAUGCAGGGUUUGAAUCCAAGUCGAGGAUUAAAAUGUCCAUGUGGCGAUUCCACAGACCUGGACCUGAGAGAAAAGUCUUUGCAAACAAUUGAUAACAUGACUACUUUGUAGGUGUUUAAAGGCACAUUAAAGAGUUUUUAACUGAUUGUUUAAAGGCACUAUAAGGAGUUUUUAGAAGCAAACAAGACAAGGCUGAUAAUUUCUCUUUGUCCUCUUUUUAAAUUAAGAGGCUGUCCAGAUGAGCCUCCUGGAUAACAGUAGUCAACUUAAUAGGCAAAUCUCAUAAGCCCAACAUCUUUGAAACAUCUUCAUCCUUCGGCGACACGUCCUUUGACACUAAUCUAAACACUCAUGAAACUCACCAGUGAGACAUCCAAGAUCCCUGAGGUCAGUACCAUCCACAGCAGAGUGGAUCCCACUGAGCAUGUAUUGGUCUAAAAGAGGUCUAAUAGACGUCUAAAUGUAGCCUAGAUGACUGGUCUAAAAUCAGACUACCACAGUUUAGACCAACUCUAGAUCUGGUCUAUAUCUAUACUACACUGUAUAUUGCUCAACGGCUAUCAUAAUUGUUUUGGUACUUGGAGAUCAGUUAUGCAACUCACAGUUGUUUUUUGAAAUAAAUAUCGAAUAACGGGUUAAAGUGCAACGUCUAAAUUCCGUCUAAAAAUACAGAAUCUAGGCGGUUGAAAUAAAGUUUAAAAAAAUUGCUGUCUAUUGCUCAGUGGGAUUCUUGUGAUCUCUCUUGGCUAUGAAAAGUUCAAAGUUAAAGUAAAUAACUAGUUGAAACUGAAACUUGGAUAUUGAUAGUCAUACUUCCAGCAAAAGUUUUAGAGUUCAGGGUUUGCAGCAAGAUCUCUUUGGUGGUCUGUCAGAGGACCUUUUAAAUUAACGAGAAAUGGGAAUUGGAGUUUUCUUUUGCCAGGUUUGUGAAUCCGUGUUGCGUAAUCCUUUACAGAUAUAGUUUGUUUUAACAUUACAUUACUCAUGCACAUCUUUCAAACAUCUCCUCCAAUCCUCCUCCUCCUCGUUAUCUCUUUUUGGCGUAACCUUGUGAUUUCUUUACGGAUUGGAUGAUUGUGAAACAUGUUUGGGUUUUAAAAAAAAAACCUCCGCUUUGUGCUGUUUGUGUCUUGUUGUCGACUGUGCGGUCGGCAGCAGUAGCCCUCUCCUGGGGUGUGGUGGACUGACUGUGUAGCUUGGCAGAUGUACAAACCCGGCCUGCAUUUCUGAUGCGGUGAUGUGGAGCGCCUGUUGGGAAACUGAGGAGACUGUAUGUGUGUGUUUGUGUUUGUGUAUUUGUAUGUGUAUUCAGGAGAAAAGGGGGGAAAUGGGAGGAAGAGAGCGUUGUGUGUUUCUGUUUGUUUGCAGGGUGCGUCUGCUGGUAAGUGAGGAGGACGAGUGUGUUUGUAUCAUUGUGUCGUUCUGAGGUUUAGCCCAGGGUUUCUCUUCCUGUAAGUUGUUAGAGCUUGGCCAGAUGGUGGAUCUUAACUCCAGCAUGGGAAAAACAACAGCGUCAGAGGAGCUGCGUUCAAAAUGUCAUACGAAGACUGUGUUCAUUUCCCCUGAUCUGAACACACCCACCUGUAGCUGUUGUGUCCUGUGUCCUGUUUAGCGGAGUGUCCACUGGAGUGAACCAGACAGUAUUAAAGAUUCAGGAGAGCAGGGUUUCCCUAUGACAGCCUCCUCUGCUCUGCUGACUUCUGACUGACACACUCAUCUCUCAUAUCUCUGGAAGAGCUUCAUGGAAACACCUGUGUGAGUGCGAGUGCAUGCGUGCGUGCCUGUUUGUGUAAAACAGAUGGAAAGAUAGGAUAAAGUUUCCCCUUUGUCUUGCUUUCCACAUUCAUGAAGUUCAUUAAAAUGUGAAUAAAGCCAGCCUCUCUUCUUGAUUGGAGUUUGUACCUGUUCAUGUGUACGAUCGUUCGUUUGUGUGGGCUGCUUUAGUUUUCAGGGCGUGAUGGAAUUAGCUGAGGAUAUAAUGUCAUAUGCUUGAGCACACAAAAACAUUGCUGUGCACCUUCAUGUGCCAUGUAUAGAGUACUGAAUGUUCCCAAAUGUUAAAGCAGAUGUUGUUAUUGCCAGGGAAAUUCACAAAGCAGGGACUGUGUAGGAUGGCGAGUGGUUCUUACUGUAAUAUGGGAAAAUCAGAAGUUAACCUUCAACCUUUAGAGCUAAUAUCUUUUUACAGGCUCAGCGUAAAAAGUGUAAAACCUGUUUCCAGGUGACACAUAUCUCAAAGCAGAUUCUGGUUCUCCUUAAUGUCAGGAGUUCAGCCGUGCUCUCAGGCAACCCAAUAAAUUUAAGCUUGUUUGAUUUGGAUCAUAAAGAAGGAAGACAGCUUCAGCAUUGUUUGCGUAGCGCAGUAAAGAACUCAACAGAGUUUGAGAGUUCGAUUUUGUGACUUGCGGUUUGGAAUCAAUUCAGGUAUUUGAAUUGUGUCGCUACGCACGUGCGCAGUGACGCCGACGCAUCAGAGGCGGCCAGGACUUUGAGAGAGGCCCGCCCACUUUACCUGCGUCACUUGUGGUCUUCAAUUCGAAAGUCAAAAACCAACCUUGGCUGGAUUAGGUUAAUGAGAAGGCUGUUGUUGCUCGACUCUGGGAUAGGGUCAACAAAAUUAAAUGAAUCUUUGACCAAUUUAAUCAUUUUUUUAAAAAGGCAGAAAAACAAAACAGAAGGAAAAUAUUACAGUAUUUUUUUUCUCUUUCUAAAUGUUAAAGGGUUGUAUUUUUGCCGACGCAUGUUGCUUCUAAUCAUAUUACAUUUCUGGUUUUUACUAGGACUUAAGCAUGUUUAGUAGGUACCUUACAGAAAUAUAAUCAUGCACUUCCAAAAAAUAAUUGAAUUUUUGACCAUUUUUAUCAUGUUUUAAACAACACAGAAAAAACAAACAAACAAACCAAAAAACAGAAGGAAAAUAUUACAGUGUUUUUUUUUCACCUCUAAAAGUUUAAAGGGUUGUAUUUUUGCUGACGCAUGUUGCUUCUAAUCAUAUUACAUUUUUGGUUUUUACCUGGACGUAAGCAUGUUUAGUAGGCAUCUCACAGAAAUAUAAUUAUGUACUGAAAGGUCAUUCUCAAAUGGCACUUUAAGUGGCCCCCUGUGUACUGAGGUUUCGUAAAGUGGUGGCCUGGAUUAGAUUUUACUGGGCGACCUCUUUACCCACUGUUACCCCCCACUCUCUCCACAGUUUGCUCUGUCCGCUGUCAUAUCCUCUCCUUUAAAGGCAUAAAGAAUUAUAGAAGUUGUUAUAUCUUCUAAAAGGAGUUGUCACUUCGUUCAGCCUUUUUUUUCUCUUUUACGCUUAUUUAUGUAACUUACUUUUGUUUUUGUCGUCUGUGUUUUUAGUUUCCAGAGUGCGGCUUCUACGGCAUUUAUGACAAGAUUUUGCUGUUCAAGCACGACACAUCAACAAACAACAUCCUGCAGCUGGUGAAAGGAGCCAGUGACAUUCAGGAGGGAGAUCUGGUGGAGGUGGUGCUCUCUGGUAAGAAACAGCUCUCUUCUUUUCUCUUUAAACUAUCAGUAAACACAAAUCUACUUCUGCUUUUCUGCAGUCAAUAAAAUCAAAACCUCCUUAUUUGCUCAUUUUACUCUCGUUUACUCUAUAUCCAUCUGUUCUUGAUUGGUUCUUUGUCUACCAAGCAGCAGCAGUAUGUUUAUGUCUUGACACUAACUAUAACCACACUCCUCUGUUUUUUUGCACUUUUAGCGGCUGCUACAUUUGAAGAUUUCCAGAUUCGGCCACAUGCCCUAAACGUACACUCAUACCGAGCCCCGGCCUUCUGUGAUCACUGUGGAGAGAUGCUGUUUGGACUGGUCAGACAGGGACUCAAGUGUGACGGUAAGAAAAAUGAAGAGAUGAACUGAUAAAGGAAAAGACAUAUCUUUAUGAAGAGAUGAAUUGCAUUACUCACUUACCCCUCUUUCUUUUUGAUCCAUGGCGCCCCCUGCAGGAUGUGGACUAAACUACCACAAGCGCUGUGCAUUCAGCAUCCCAAACAACUGCAGUGGAGCUCGGAAACGGCGUCUGUCCACUACCUCUCUGAGCAGCAGCCAGUCCCUGCGUCUCUCCACCACUGAGUCGGUGUACAGCGUCGGGACGGUCUCCACCUGCUCGGAGGAAACCAGUCUGGUCCGCUCACAUACACAAAUGGUACAGAUGGAUUCUUGCACGCAGUAUUCUUGUCUGUUAAGGAAGGCUAUAGAAAAUCUUUGACCAAAUCAGGCAACUUUGUUUAAAAUAACACCAAUUAGUGAAAUACAUGGAGCCAAUUUAGUCACGUAAUUAAGAUUUGUUUUUCUUUUUUGACUAAGAUUGAUAAAAAAAAUACUGGGGUUGAAACUCACAUGGUGGCUGAGAAGUGUAGAUUUAUUUUGUUAACUGUCAACACCAUCAAGUGAAAAAUCUCCCUGGAUAAACCAAAGACUCUUCCAUUUUACACACAAUUUUCUUAGUUAUCCUAUGUACACAGAGAUCAAUAUCUUAAUAUCUUCUAACUAAAUAGAGUAGAAUAGCCUUUAUUGUCAUUGCAUGCUGUACAUACAACAAGAUACAGUGCAGGACAACUAAAAGAGACAUGAGAAAUGCUCACAAUCAACCUUUUAGAUCAACCUGUUUUUUAGUCUGUUAGUCCUGCGUGAGUUUAAACCAAAAGUUCCUGCAUAUAUGGGUAGCACUUUAUAUUAAGGUGGUUGUAAUAAGUUGUAAUUAAUAUGUAAUAAGUCACGGAAAAGACAUUAUAAGACCUUAUCAGAUUCUUAUUAACAUAAAUAAGUCUAUGUAAGCAUAUAAUUUGUGUUAGUAGGAAUCUAAUAAGGUCUUGCAAUGUCUUAUAAGUGACUAAUUACAUAUUAAUUACAACCACUUUAGUAUAAAGUGUUACCCAUAUAUGCAGUUCAGUUUUGGGAGUUUGUCGCCAAGACUUUGAGUAAGCCUCUUAUUAAACCAGUUUGCUUUAUCAAAACAAACAAAACAAAACAAAAAAAAAACAAAACAUUGUUGAUAUUUUAACUUUUGCAACCGAAAUACUUAAAUGUGGAGAAGACAUUGAGUUAUAGAGGAAAAGAUAGGCUUAGAGUAUCAUCUAUAUUCAGAAUAUAUUUAACUGAAAACUGUAUGAUAAUGCAGAUUAGGAAGCUCCUAUGGGUGUGAUGUGUAUUUAAGGAUAAACGCUGUUUUAACAGUUCUUAUCAUGUUUUCUUCAGCUGCAGAAGUUUCUGGUGAAAAAAACUCAAUCAACUUUGCACAACUUGCUUGGACUCAAAAUUCAUAAAGACUCCUGAACGAGGUUGGAGCUGAGCUUUGUAGAGCAUUUAGUAACCAAAUGGACAAACAUUUUUCUUCCAGAGUUGGUAGAUACCAAAAGCAAGCCUGCGAGAGAGAACAGUGCUAGAAAUCCUACAAGUUGGCAAAAACACAACUCAUGCAAAAACAUGCUGUAUUUAUAAAUCGGCAUUAUAUAAAUUAACAACCCCUUCUGUAGCCUCUAAGAGUCAUAAAAAAAUACUAAUUACAGGUUUAAAGCUGGAAAAUUUUAGAUAAAUUUCAUCCUAACUCAUACAUUUGGAUGUAAUCUUUCUUAUUGCCAAAGUAAGAUUGACUAAUUUCCUCUCUGUUCUGACAGCCCCGAACCCCAAGUGAAGCCAGACGCUUCUACACGGGCCGGCCCGUUCACUUGGACAAGAUCCUGAUGAGCAAGGUGAAGGUGCCUCACACGUUUGCUGUCCAUUCAUACACACGACCAACGGUGUGCCAGUACUGCAAAAGGCUUCUCCGAGGACUCUUCAGGCAGGGCCUUCAGUGCAAAGGUGAACAAAGAUGUUCAGUACAAUAAGAAAUAAAGCUAAACCUCCAGUUUUUGUGUAAUUGUAUCAGAGCUAAUUGUGUUUGGUUCUCCCUCAGACUGCAAGUUCAACUGCCAUAAACGCUGUGCUUACAAAGUUCCUAAUGACUGCCUGGGGGAGACCAUCGGAGGUGAGGGGAGACAUUUGUUAAACAACUUUUUAUUUUUCCUGACUCUUUUAACCCUGCAUGUUUCCACUGUUAUAAAUCUUAAUUAAUUAAUAAUGUAAUAUAAUAUCAGACUGAGACUCACUGCCACUAAUGUUUUUAUCUUCUCAGAGAACAGAAGUAACUGCGGUAAGUAUUGCUUAGAGUUGAUGCAUGAACUCUUAAGUCGUGGUGAUAGUGAUAAUAGAAAGUAGUGAUUUUGCAUGUCAUUUUUAGCACAUUACAACUAAGAGAAACACCGCAUUCAGCCUGUUUUCUUGCUCUUUUGUUGCUGCAGACAUGUUGAGCCCCAGCGCAGACCCUGAAGUGCCCAUGGACUACAGCACAGACUACGACGCCGCAGACAAGUCUUCGAUGGACGACUCAGACGAAGCCUGCAGCAUCCCUGGAUCCUUCUCUCCUGACAACAUCCAGGCUGGAAUCAGUGGAGACCAGAAGUACGAGAAAAUAAGGAAUUAGAAAAACUGAUUUGAUGAACGUUUUCAGACUUGCUAAUAUUAGUGUUUUUGUUCCAGUGUCAACAUCCCGCUCAUGAGGGUGGUGCAGUCCGUGAGACAGACAACACGUCGCUCCAGUACGGCCAUUAAAGAAGGAUGGAUGGUUCACUACAGCAAUAAGGACACACUGGUAAAAAUACAUUACCCAUAGUUCCCGGUGUUUUUGUCAUUCUGUAGCUCAUACAUACAUAACCAAGUCCAUUUAUUCAUGAUGCUUUAUCCCACGCUCUUCUGUUUCUUUUCUUUAGAUUUAUUGCCAUUUUUUGUUAACUGUGCACUCACUCUGAGACCUCAUGUACCUUCUUAUGAUUGGUCUAUCAUUUCUUCCACGACCUUGUUCAUUUAGUUUGUACUUUCAUGAAUCAUAUUGCUCUCUUUUAUAUUUGCGGGUGGGCAUGCAUGUGUGUGUGUGUGCAUGAAAGAAAUGAAAAUUGAAGGCUGAUGAUGGGUCCAGCUCACCCUGAGAACAAAACAGCACUCAACUGAUUGUUGACUGUUUGUCAAAUUCAGUCUAAAAGCGCAUUUUCUGCCUUUUUCUUCCUUCAGCUGUGCUCUCUUUAUUGGAUCUCAAAAUAACUUUUCUACCUAUCAAGCCUUGUUCUUGCUUGAUUUUCUGCUCCAACUUUGCUAACGCACUCUUUUUCUUUCUUUUCUCCCAUGUCUCUCUUCUCUCUUUUUUCCACUUUUUCCUCUUGCAGCUCAUUUUCAUGCUCAUCCUUCUUCUCAAGUGGCCAACUCGUCUCUUUUUUCUGGAUGUCGGCUUUAUACUUGAAUGCAUCCAUAUGGAUCCUUGAACUUAUCCAAAUCCAUACUUUGUCAUCUCCUAUUCUGACCACUAAAUGUCCUGCCCCACUUUUCCUGCCACACCUCAUAACACCUUACUGCCUCCCCAACAGAGAAAGAGGCAUUACUGGCGCCUGGACUGCAAGUGCAUCAUCCUUUUCCAGAACAACACCUCCAACAAAUACUACAAGGUAAAUAAACAUUUUUUCCCUCAGCAAAACCAACAAUCUCAAAACAUUUAUCAUAUAUAAAAGGCUUUUUUUAACGGGUGCAUCCAUCUCUGUGCAGGAGAUCCCUCUGUCUGAGAUUCUAGAGGUCCGACCCGCCGACAACUUCGCGCUCGUCCCUCCCGGCACAAACCCUCACUGCUUCGAGCUCAUCACAGGCACCAUGUGUUACUUUGUAGGGGAGGACCCCAACACCCUCCCUCCUCCUUCCCCAGGCAACCCCUCAACUUUCCCUCCUCAGACCCCUCCCUCCCCCAGCCAAGUUGCUCCCAACAGCGGUAUCGGGCGAGAGGUGGCCAAGGCAUGGGAGAGCGCCAUUCGCCAAGCUCUCAUGCCAUCCAUCUUUCAGGACGCGCCAGCUGAGGGGAACACACCACACAGUGAGUUGAAUGUCACCAGCCAAGAGAGGUGUUUAAGUAACUGCACCAAAUUUUGAAGGACUUGAUUGCUAUUGGACAAACUUAUAAAGUUAUGAUGCUAUCAGAGGUUGAGUUUUUGUACCUCGUGCAUUAAAAUAGAUGUUUAAAAUGACACUUUCUGACCUGCGUUUUGACAUUCCUACUUUUCCAGCACAAGUUUCCAUCAGCAUAUCAGUGUCCAACAGUCAAAUCCAAGAGAAUGUGGUAUGAAUUUCUGUCAAUUUACUUCAAUCUUAUGUGAAUUAUGAAACAAGAGUGUUACUGAUUUUAUGACAAAUGGGUCUCCUACAGGAUAUUGGGAUGGUGUACCAGAUUUUUGCUGAUGAAGUGCUGGGAUCUGGGCAGUUUGGAGUUGUGUAUGGAGGUAACGUCAAAUGUCCUAAAACAUUUGAGAUGUAUCCCAGAGAAUAGAUAUACUUUGAAAUGAUUGCAAUAUCAACUCACUCCAACACUUCCUCUUCCUUUCCAUUUUCAGGUAAGCACAGGAAGACGGGGAGGGACGUAGCUGUCAAAGUCAUUGACAAGCUUCGUUUCCCCACCAAGCAGGAGAGCCAGCUGAGGAAUGAGGUGGCCAUACUGCAGGUAAACACAUAUGUACUGUGGUUGACUUCAUAGUUAGUCUCUAUUUACAAAAAAAAAAGGUUGAAUCUGUACUGGGAGUCUAGAUUUUCAUCAUGGAAAGUGCUCUGGUUUCUGUUUGUAGAGCAGGUAAAAUUGACAAAUCAAAUUUCAUAAGGGAGGAAAAACAGUCUGAGGAGCAAAAUCAGAAAGUGGGUCCUUUAAAGAGUUGGUCUUUUACUCUUCAGAAUGGACCUGACAAAGUUAGCAUUUUACUUUUAAACCUUUUUUUAUAGUGUUGCUUUUUCUGCAAAUUCAAGACCUGUUUAUUGUCAGUACAAGAUGACAGGUUUCUUUUUCUGGCUCGUAAGUCAAAGUGAAACACAUGAGCAGGUCCUCCUCCAAAGGGUGUAAUGGACGAAGAAUUUACAGCGUGUAUGCAGCAGACAUAAACACAGAGCAGUCUCAUAAUCUCUGGCUACCCUGAUGCUACUGGGAACUUAGUAUCCAUUUCAAGAGUCAUGAAUCACCUUUUGUAAUCAAACGGCGAUAGACACCGAUUGCUGAUGUGAUCUGAGAUCGCUGCCGCUUCAACUCUUUUGCACACGCAUAAUACCGACACAGUAAUAGGGGUUUGGGUAUUGGCAUACAGAUGAGAAUUUACCCAAUUUUGACAUAGAAAAUAUUGAAUGAUGUUGUCUUCAAGUGUUUACGUUCUUUGAGAAUAAUUAAAAUGGUUUUGUAUUAACUCUUUAAUUUAGUAUUAAAAAAGAGUGACUACCAUUUGACUUACUAGAGUUUGCUCACAGCAGAUUUUUCUGUCAAGUUUCCUCAUUUUUAUUAUAAUCAAGUAACAAAAAUACAUUUAAUUAUCCCCCGUCUUUCUGCAGUUUAGUAUAUCACUCACCAGCAGAUGGAGACAGAAGCUCACUCUCUCUUCCUCCAGGUUUUAACUGUCCCUAAAAGACCUGACUUCCUCUGCUUGCUCUGCCACUUUCACAUGUUUUCGAGCAAUAAUAGGGUUCACAACCAGUUUCAUACUGACAGAAUGAGUAAGAAUAUCUAAAAGCAGGGGGACAUUUUACUGUAUUUUCUCACUCACCAUUCUCUCUCAAACAAACCUUAAUUGACCUGUCUUCCUCCACCUCUUAUUUGUGUUACAGAGUUUACGUCACUUGGGCAUUGUGAAUCUGGAGAACAUGUUUGAGACUCCGGAGAAAGUGUUUGUAGUGAUGGAGAAGCUGCACGGGGACAUGCUGGAGAUGAUUCUCUCCAGUGAGAAAGGCAGACUGCCUGAGAGGCUCACCAAGUUCCUCAUCACACAGGUGAGUAUUUGCCCGAGCUGAAAGACAGGACUGUUUGAGCGAGUAGAUUUACGCUGUAACACAAACAGUAUUGUUGUUGUUGUGGUACGCCACUGAGUACCGUUAGUCACAUACUGCUGUGUCAGGAACUAGGGAAGUGAGAUUUUGCUAUCGCUAAAUGCAUAUAAAGUGCGUCAUCAUGUCUGGUUGAAAAUGUGUAACCAGUAUUUUUUUAAAUAUUCUUUUUCUGUGUUUGUGUUUGUGCAUGUGCGCACAUCUGUGUGUAGAUCCUUGCAGCUCUGAGGCAUCUGCACUUUAAAAACAUCGUACAUUGUGACCUGAAACCCGAGAAUGUGCUGCUCGCCUCUGCGGAUCCUUCCCCUCAGGUAUACACACACACACACACUCAAAUGAGGACCAAAUUACACACACACACACUGAAACCCAUACCCAUCCUCGUAUGCAGCAGUUAUGGUGAUCAGACUCUUUAAUGAGCCAUUCAGAGCUGUCAGACGCCCCAGACAUCUAUAUUCUUAAUAUCUAGGGUGUUACAUCACUUCCUGUCCUCAUUCUAACAACCUGACUUUCUGCUCCUCUGUCUCAGGUGAAGUUGUGCGACUUUGGUUUUGCUCGCAUCAUCGGUGAAAAGUCUUUCCGCCGCUCUGUAGUCGGGACCCCGGCUUAUUUGGCACCUGAGGUUCUGCGCAACCAGGGCUACAACCGCUCUCUGGAUAUGUGGUCAGUUGGCGUCAUCAUGUAUGUCAGCCUGAGCGGGACUUUCCCAUUUAAUGAGGACGAAGACAUCAAUGACCAGAUCCAAAACGCAGCUUUCAUGUACCCUCCCAAUCCCUGGAAACAGAUCUCUAGUGAUGGUAAGGACACGCUUGAGACACGAGACAUCUGGUGAUAAAUGUUAUUUGAAACGGUUUGAAAAGUGUCAUGAUCUUCCUAGAGGAUGAUAACUUUCCCAUUAUUUGGUCCAACCACGUGUUCAACUGAACAUCCUCCAUAAUAAUCACAAAGUGCCAUAAACCUGGAGUUUUUUUGUAGUACUAAAUGCUCUCUGUUUAUAUGAUGAAGGCAAACUAGAGCCUGGGAAGUAGGUUAAGAAUCUUUAUCAUAUCAAAUUCGAAAUCAUGUCCGGUUCCUUUACUAUGAAUGACUACGUGUUCUCGCACAUAUCAUGACUGUAGUUCCUCUUAACUUUGUGGUUUAUCUAACUCAGCAGACUUCAGAAGAAAGCUAGAUUAUUGGCAUAGAUUACACGUCAUUACACAUUCGUUAAUCUUUAUAAUUUGUGUUUCCCAGCCAUCGAUCUGAUCAACAAUUUGUUGCAAGUCAAGAUGAGGAAACGCUACAGUGUGGACAAGAGUCUCAGCCAUUCAUACCUACAGGUAACAGAGAGUUGGGAUUUGGUGCGCAUCAUAUUUCUCUCUCUAUGACGCUGUGUUAUCAACGAAGGCUAAAAGCUUAAAAAAAAAAAACUUCAAUGACAUUUUUUUGUGCACACUUUUCUUCAUCUAGAAAAAAAAUUACAGUGAAAAAAGCAAGAUCUUCACUUUCUUGUAUCUCUGCAAACCCCUCACUCAAAUCUUAAAAACUGAGGCCAUUUCAGAAAAUGACACAAACACAAAGGGUCUGCACUCAUAGCCGAACAGCCAGGCAGCAGCUGAAGGCCAAUAUUCUGGAACAUUACUGAGGACAGCCAUGCUUUUAAAAUGAUGCUUUCAUUGACUGAUCACAGCUCCUAAUGUGGCUUCAACAAAACACAACAUUCAGUGGUGGAAAACAGAGCAGCUCUCUCUGCAGGUCCAAAGUAGUCCUCUCUGCUUGUUUUGGUCGCAGGGAAAAUCCAUUAUUAAGCUGAAGUGCCAUAGCAAAACUAAAUGUGGUUGAAGGUAUCAUUUUUUCAUUAUCUUUGAAAACUGUAGACCUGCCAGGGUUCAAGAUUAUCCUCUCCUAUAUACUAUGGUGCAUAUAUAUUUACACACACAUUCAGCAGCCUUAGAUUGACUAGCAGAUAAUGUGCUGCAAAAACAUGAAACUCUGUUCAGUUUAAAUCUAAUUCAAGGCUCUUACAAAGUGAAACUCCAUCCCUGUGUUUAUUCCCACUUCUCAUUUCUCAGGACUAUCAGACGUGGCUCGACCUGCGAGAGCUGGAAACCAAACUCGGAGGGCGAUACAUCACCCACGAGAGCGACGACAGCCGCUGGCAAGCAUACGCCCGGGACCACACUUUGCCUUACCCCGCACACCUUGUGCCUCCUCCUCCCGCCCCGGCCUCUGACGAUGAGGAGGGAGGGGAGGAUGCAGACGUCCAAGGCCUCACUGAGAGGGUCAGCAUCCUCUGA